AUGAGAACGCGAACAAUCGUCAAUGACAAGCGUGCAGCGCCCGCCGUUCCCGACCAACCUCAACGAUCUCAUUGGACCGAGUCGGGGAAUGAACCCCAACGGGACGACUUGUUGGAUACCGCCAUUCUCUACCGUUCGCUUACGCAACAAGAUCCUUGUCUUUGCCGAGUCUCUCUGCGUCAAUUAGUAAACGAAUGGCACGGAGGUAGUUAUAACGCUGGAGUGGGACACUGCCCUGUGUGUGAUAUGCCCGUUCAGCUUGUGGAAGACGCGGCAAAAAAGGAGCCCAAGGUUGUGUUCAAGUACGGAAAACAAAUGUAUCGAUUGUCUGUAUCAUCACAAAUUAUCAAAUAUUCGUCGUGGAAGGUUUGGACUUCAGAUGCAAAGCAAAAUAAGCCUUUUGCGCAAGAACGAAUUGCAGAUGCGCUUGGGAUGUCUCUGGAUGAAGGAAUCAAGGUAAAUCGGCUUCACUCGGCGCCCUACCUUAUCAGUCAAAACUAA